AUGCUCGGGGAGGCAGAAGUUGGACCAUGUCGGCAGCUUUUUCUCGCACUCGAUGACGACUGCAACGGUCAAGUCUCAAUGUCCGAGUUGGUGGCGCUCGCCAAGGCCGCGGCAGCAUCUGGCAAAGGCACCAAGUCACUGAAAAAGAAAGAUGCGAUCAAAAUAUUUCAAGCUGAUGGUGUAGUGGAUGGCAUCCAGGACUUCUCUUUCACGGAGUUUGUUGCUGCAACCUUCAACCGGAAGAAAUGCCUCACCGAGAAAGUGGGGCGAGUGAUUUUCAACAGCUUCGACAAAAACAUGGAUGGUUCAAUACAGUUGAGUGAGCUGGCCGAAGGCCGCUUGCUAGGCCACCUUCGAGCUGAUGAGUUGGUCCAGACUUUGAAGGAUUUGGAUCUCAAUGGAGAUGCAGAAAUCGACUUCAAGGAGUUCAUGGCCAUGUGUCGAGAAUGA